AUGCAGAUCCCAAGGCUUCGAGAACGACCUGGUUUUCUCGAGAUCAUGCAAGCCGAUCAAAUUUUGCCUCUCCCUUCGUUCCAAGAAGUGAUGAGCAUGCUCAAGACGUCUGAAUUGAUACCAGAUACAAUCUCCACCUUCAUCAAGCCGACUGAGAUUCGACUGAGUACCAUUGCGCAUGUGUGCCAACACCGAGACAAGCAGGAGCACGCCAGCUCCCAUCGUCUCCUGAACCAAUCGAACCCCGUCCUCUCCAGGCCCUCUGCCAUCUACCCUGCAGCGAGCGGCGCGAUCAGAGUAGUGGACUCGUUGGACUCGUCGAAGCCGUCGUACUAUCGGGAGCAGAAUAUGAAGGUGUCUGUGGUGGGCAUCGGGAGCUAUCAGAGUAUCAUGAAAGCGAAUGCGAUCAAAUCGAAAUCCAAGAAUAAGAGGGGACCGUAUAGCUGCGCUGUCUCCUGUCCAGACUGUAGGAGAAAGAAGAGAGUUUGUGGGCAAGGAAAGCUGGGGUGUACGGGCAAGCAAGUUUUCAACCAGGCGUGCUUGUCAUGCAAGCGGUUGAAAAUCAAGUGCAACGGCCAGCACCCUCACUGCGCCAAGUUACACCAAUUGCAAGAGGUUAAGAUUGAAACAAAGUGA